AUUCUACACUAACAUAAUUAAGAGCACUCGCAGCCUCUCUUGCUUUUCUGUUAAAGUUAACCUCCUGCCCGAUCCUCUCUACUACUUGCAAUUAUCUCCUUCUCUACUUGUAAGACUAUUUUGGAGAUAAUUUUUUGUUCUUAGAGAGGAAAAAUGCCGGCUGUUGUGAUCGCUAACAAUGGCGACGUGCCAGAGUUUGAAGGCAGGAUAACAUUUAAUGUCAUCGUAUGUGUGGUGAUUGCGGCUUGUGGAGGUUUAAUGUUCGGCUACGACAUUGGAGUUUCAGGUGGUGUCACAGCCAUGGAUGAUUUCUUGAAGAAAUUCUUUUAUCAAGUAUGGGAAAGGAAGCAACAGGCUCAUGAAAAUAAUUACUGUAAAUAUGACAAUAAAAAACUGCAAUUGUUCACAUCGUCCCUGUACAUAGCGGCUCUCAUAGCCAGCUUUCUCGCUUCAAAGACGUGCUCAAAGUUUGGCCGAAAGCCAACUAUGCAGCUUGCAUCUCUUUUCUUCAUCGGUGGCGUUGCUCUAACAACAUUUGCUGUAAAUAUUGAAAUGCUGAUCAUUGGGAGACUUCUUCUUGGUUGUGGAGUGGGAUUCGCCAAUCAGGCAGUACCGUUGUUUCUAUCAGAGUUAGCUCCAGCAAAGAUCCGUGGAGCCCUUAACAUUAGCUUCCAACUCUUCAUUACAAUCGGGAUCUUGAUUGCUAAUAUCGUCAACUAUGUAGUCGGUAAGAUUCAUCCCUACGGAUUUAGAAUUUCACUUGGAAUUGCUGGUGUACCAGCUCUACUGCUAUGCUUUGGUUCGCUUGCCAUUUAUGAGACUCCAACUAGCCUUAUUGAGCGCAAGAAAGUAGAGCAAGGAAGGGCAGUGCUUAAAAAGAUCAGGGGUGUAGAUAAUGUAGAUCUUGAGUAUGAUUCGAUCGUGCAUGCUUGCGAGGUGGCUAGCCAAAUUACCCAACCCUACCAUGAACUCAUGAAGAGAGAAAGCAGACCUCCGCUAGUGAUAGCCAUCGUGAUGCAAGUGUUCCAGCAAUUCACCGGCAUCAAUGCCAUUAUGUUCUACGCACCUGUUCUCUUUCAGACAGUCGGAUUUGGGAGUGAUGCUGCAUUGCUUUCUUCUGUCGUAACUGGCCUUGUCAAUGUUCUGAGCACCAUAGUUUCGGUAGUCCUCGUUGACAAGGUCGGUAGGAGGGCGUUGCUGCUUGAAGCUUGUGUACAGAUGCUUAUUACCCAGUGUAUCAUUGGAGGUGUUCUGAUGAAAGAUUUGAAGACAACCGGCACCCUACCCAAUGGAGAUGCAUUGGUGGUGGUGAUAAUGGUAUGCGUCUUUGUUGCUGGGUUUGCAUGGUCAUGGGGUCCUCUUGGUUGGUUAAUUCCAAGCGAGACCUUCCCUCUUGAGACCAGAACAGCCGGGUUUUCCUUCGCAGUCAGCUCCAACAUGCUUUUCACCUUUGUGAUUGCACAAGCAUUCUUGUCCAUGCUUUGCAAUUUGAGAGCGGGGAUUUUCUUCUUCUUUGCUGCAUGGAUUGUGGUUAUGGGACUGUUUGCACUAUUUUUGCUCCCAGAGACAAAGGGCGUUCCUAUUGACGAGAUGGUUGACAGAGUCUGGAAGCAGCAUUGGUUCUGGAAGAGAUUCUUCAAUGAUGAACAAGUGGUGGAAAAAGGAGCAAUUGAGAUGAUCCACCCACAUUUGACCUAAACUACAGAGCUGUACAGAUGGGAAUUCGAGGCUUGCGUCAUAUAUUAGCAGUAGAAUCUUCUUUCGUCUACUUGGGAUCUUCAUGUAUCUCACCAUUAAUUGAAUUCUGCAAUAAACGAUAAUCAAUGUUUGAGAAUGAAUUCAAUUCAGUUUCGCAA